UUCGAGGAACUAGAGAUGAUUUGGAGGCCGUACAUAGAUGAGAUCAUCCAAUUUUUAUUUCUUAAGCUACAUAAUUUCAUCACAUUUAUCAAUGCACGUGACACAUUACGGCAGUGGCGUGAUGAUAAUUUGCGAUGCUCUGAAGAAGUGAUCGAAAUCUGGCAAGAUGUUUUAGCAAAUACUAUAAACAAAGUUGGUGAUGAAAAAUGGCUUAUUUAUGAACAAGUAUGCCUAGCAGCAUUAGACUGUCACCGUUUAGACAUAGCUCAGGAAUGCCUACAAGCUCUUGAUUACCAGUUUCCAGGAAGCUUAAGAGUACGUAAGCUGAGAGCAAUGGAAUUUGAAGCACUAGAAAGGUUUGACGAUGCUCUGAAAUUGUAUGACUCGAUACUUCAGCAUGAUGAAGCAAAUUCUGUAAUUUAUAAAAGAAAGGUUGCUGUUUUGAAGUCUCAGAAUAAAAUUCCUGAAGCUAUAAAGGAAUUAACAGAGUAUUUAAAAAAGUUUAUGAGUGAUCAUGAAGCAUGGAUGGAGCUUUCAGACUUAUACUUAGCUGAACAGGACUACAAUAAAGCAGCUUUUUGUUUAGAAGAACUCAUUCUUUUUAAUCCUCAUAAUCACUUAUAUCACCAAAGAUAUGCAGAAAUCCAGUAUACAAUUGGGGGAUUUGAGAAUAUGGAAUUGGCAAGAGCUUAUUUUGCACAAUCAAUUAAAUUGAAUCCUCGAAAUAUGCGAUCUUUGUAUGGUUUCUUAUUGUCUGCAAGUAAUGUUGCAGCAUCACCGAAAUGUUCUGCUCUGAAGAAGAAAGAAAAUCUCAAGUUCGCUGCUUGGGCAGGGCUCAAGAUCAGUGCCAGAUACGAGGACCAUGUAUGUGAUGAUCCCCAGAUGAAGUCUGUGCAAGGCAUGCUGGGAUUGUUGACUCUAAAUCCUGCAACUUAGUUAAAUUAUUAAUUUUUAUAUUUUAUGAAAUAAAUUAUGUAAUAUAUGUUUA